AUGGCGUCCAUGAAGCCCAGGUUAAAAGUGCUGAAAAAGCGUCGCUCCAGUCUUUUUGCGACAAUAAAACGGGAAAUGAGUUUUUCACAGAGCAUUGAAGAGCAGGAGGGCGAAUUCCCCUUUUCCCAGGACAGCUCUGUGAAAGCAUGGACAUCAAUGGACAACCUUGACGCAUCUGAUGAUAAAAAGAAGGGAAAGAAAACUCAGGAGAAAGACCCACCAAACCCACGGCAAUCAAACAUUGUCAACCUGAAUGUUGGUGGAAAGGUGUUUCACAUCCCAAAGCAUCUGGUCCUGCGAUACCCAAAAACCAGGAUUGGAAUCCUUGCCCUCUGCAACGAUCCGGUCAAGCGUCUGACGCUCUGUGAUGACUACAACGUUCAAAGCAACGAGUUCUUUUUUGAUAGGGACCCCAUGUUUUUUCAUUACAUCUUCCACUUUUACUGCAGUAACGUCCUGUGGGUGAUGGAUAGUCUCUGCCCCGUGAACUUUGAGGAAGAGCUGUCAUUCUGGGGCUUGAAACUGAAGGAUACUCCAAGGUGUGCUGUGAAUACUUUAGCUUGGUCUUGUCUCUCGUGGUGUGUUGCUGUUUGUGUGAAUCAAGCAUAAGUUUAUGUAGCAGCUUUUUAACAGAGGCACAAUGAUCUCUCUUUUCGUCCAUCCAGGUGCUGCCGUAUUCUGUUUGAGGAGAAAUUGGAUGACAUCAGAGAUCAGCUGAAGGUCAACCAGGAGCUGAUUGAUGAGAUUAAACCUCACCAAGAUGAUGAGGGAUAUAAAAGCAUGUUUCUUGGAGAUUUUCGGAAGAUUCUGUGGGACUUGAUGGAGAAUCCUUACUCUUCACUGUCAGCUAAAGCCUUUGCUGUGUUUUCUAGCCUCUUUGUGCUCAUCUCUAUUGUUGCCAUGACUAUGAACACAGUAAAAGAACUCCGGGAUUACAAACUUGCUGGCAGAACCUACAUGGAGUGGAUAGAGAUUAGCUCCAUCCUUUUCUUCACCUUGGAAUACUUUUUGCGGUUAUUCACCACAUCCAACAUUAAACAUUUUGUGAAAAGUGCCCUAAACUUUGUUGACGUCGUGGCUGUUAUGCCCUACUUCCUCCAGCUCAUUUUUGAGGCGUUUGUUUUAGAUUCAGAAGAUGUCAGUCAAAAAGAAGAUCUGAAGACCAUGGCAAGAGUCAGUAAAGUCAGCAAAGUUCUCAAGGUUGUCAAGCUGAUGCGUAUCUUCCGAAUCUUGAAGCUUGCUCGUCAUUCCACGGGCAUGAGGGCGUUUGGUUUCACUAUCCGACAAUGUUCUGAGCAGGUAUGGAGGGAAAUCAGGGACACAACCCAUGCAAAAAUAAAACAAUAGAGCUACCACUAUAACUUUGGGAACUUGGGUGAAGGCCACUAUAAAUACUGAUACUUGAUCAUCAAAUAGUGGGCACUCAUUGUAAGCACACCUUGAAUUGAGCAUGUGUGUAUCUGCAGAGAGAAGACUUUGUGCUACCUGCCAAACACAACAAAUGUAUAGCUACUGUCUUGUUAAUUUAGUAGUGCAUUUAGCAGCUACACAUGGUAUUUCCCUUUAGGACUGGUAGUGACCAAAACUUGUAAAAGCAGAGUGAACUAAUGACAGUGAUUUACCUAGUGGCUAUACAAAAGAUUUCAUUGACCCAUCAACCAUAAGUACUGCACUUCAAAUCAAUUCCAACGUCUAUUCAUACAUCACCUUUUUCAUACAUUUUUGUAUGACAGAAACUGAUAAUCGCCAUCUAUAAACCUCAACUUGAUACAUGCAAGUGCAAUGUUUACAGUUUCAUCUAAUCCCCAAGGUUAAUCAGAACUGCUUGUGCAGGCUUGGGAAAAAGUUGGGUGGAACAGGAGCAAGAAUUACUACUACUACUAAUGUUCCCAAAUAACAACCACUUACUUUCAAGUUUACCUUAAAACUUGAUGGGGUGAUAAAAUGCCACUGUGUUCUUAACAUGUCAUGCUAAUGUCGAGGUUCGUUGAAACUAGCGUUGUGGUUUGAGGCCUAAAAACCUUUGAGGCCAUCAUAAGGAGGAAAGCGGUACGAAAAAGGUAUAGUUUCAUGUAGUCACAAAGACAUCAGACUCUUGUCAGAAGUUGUGGCUCUCAGGUAAUCAAACUAAAGUUUUUUUUUCCCUUUAAAGAAUGUAUGUUUUGCUGUAAUCGUUACUUUGACAUGGUAUGCGGUUAAAAAACACACAACUUUAGGUGUUUUUAAUGAUAUUUUGGAGCUCAAUUCAUGUUAAAAGUGUAAUGAAAUCUCCAGCACUGGAGGAACAAAACUUUAUCUUAUUGUGAUGCUUUAAUUUUAUGUCUCUCUCUUAUUAUACACAACGCCUUAAGUGCUAUAAGAGGUUACAGGCUAUCAUUGUGUCAUUUAUAUUUAUUUUAUUUUUUAAUUCCUACAUCUGGCCUUAUUGGUUACUGUAUACAAUAUCUGCAACAAGUGACUCUUUGGCCUCCCAUUUUUAAAGGUAACAUAAACAAUUUCACUUUAUUAUUGUUUUUUUCUGCGCUGAAGAGACAGCUAUGUAAUUUCAUCAUAUGCUUCAAAUUCAUGAGCUUGUUUUUUUUUUGUUGGAAAUACAAAUAACACACAGGUAAUCCCCAUGAGCCAUGAUACAGCUUCAAACUGUUGGUCUAAAAUUCCUGAUAUGCUGGUUCAUAUUCAUUCUGAUCUGAAUGGGGACCUCUGUUGACAUGUUCUCCUCUGUCAUUUAUCCAGGUGUGCUGCCUGUUUCUCUUCAUUGCCAUGGGCAUCUUCACCUUCUCUGCACUGAUGCACUCUGUGGAGGUGGAUCAGCCUGGUACACCUUUCAGCAGCAUACCAGAUGCCUGGUGGUGGGCUGCGGUGAGUAGGAUGCACAUCAAACUCUGUCUAGGAUGCCCUUAUGCCUUUACAUCAAACUUUACUGUAAUUGCAUUGAAAAGUGUGAAGAGUAAAAACAAGAGGAUUAUAAAACUGUUUUUCAAAAUGUGGGGAAAAGUGCAACCAAAGUAAAGAAUCACUACCAGAGCUACUUUUACUUAAAAUGUUCGGUAACAUGUUUUUUUUAUCAGCUGAAACUGGGAUGUUGCACUGUAUUUGAAGGAUCUGACCUUUAUUUAUGGCUGCCACUUAAAUUCUUCCGGAUCAAUUAACCUUGCUAAGCUGUUCCUCUUGACUGUGCUGAAGAGAGUGUUUGUUUGUGUGGCAGGGGUCAUUAUGAUCAAGCAGUGCAUUUGGUUGUCAAGGAUUAAGUCUCCUGGGAUUUGCACUGCUUGCCUGUCGAGACAAAUGUGCAAAGUGCAAGACAGAGUUAUGCUGUUUGCUGUUUUUAAGACUCUACUAUGAAGCAACCAAGACAUACUACAUGGAAAUUUAUUCUUAUAAAACAAUGGUCAGCCAAGUUGCAUUAAUAUAAAUGUAUAAUGCAAGAAACAACAAAAAAAAAAACCGCAGCAUUAAUUAUUGGGUACAAAACUCACAAUGUCAGACAGGUCAUGAGAAUAAUGUUAGAUGUAAAGAACUGACAGCUACCAAACUGUGACAUAGUGAUUUCAUACUUUCACACACCAGCUCUCUUAUUACUGUAGAAACAUGCAAACCCAGUAUACCUGAUUAUCUCUGCCCAUGCUGAUUUUUUAAGAUUUUGUACAUGCACUGGUUGGCAGGUUUUAAGCAUACAACUGAAUACAAGUAUUUUCUACAAAACUGAACUGUUCUUUUGAUGAUAAAAAAAGGAGGAAACAUAAUUAUAACACCUUUUUGGGUAUGGUAUGUAUGCAACAACACAAUUGACCACUGAAGAACAGCUCUUGCAAAUUGACAUUAUAAUAGAACAUUUUUGCAAUAGAGCUCCACAUGAAUCAUAACUCAAUACAUCUGUAAAAUUAAGAAAAUUAACAAGACAGUAUCUUAUUUCAGUGUGUGUUUGUCAGCUUUUCUUCUGUGUUUCCCCACCUCUCAUUUUAGACUGUAUUUAUCUGGUUAACUUAGAUGUGUCUUACCACCUCUGAUAUGGUGUCUUCUUUGUAGCCACAAAGAGUGACUACAACCAGAGAUGAAGAAUAUUGUAUUAGAUUUCUGAAGGUUAAAGAGGUGCAUUUUAUUCUCCAUUUUUACAUCAACUGGUCUGCAGAGGGCAGGUCAUAAGGGUAUUCUGGGGGCGAGUUUGAAAACCUUCCCACCACUUUCUGUAAUACCAGCAGGCAAACUGUAUAACUGAGUUGUGCAUUCAGGUGAGCCGUUUUUGUUCUGAUGCUUUGUCUUAAAGCUCUAAUUCCUAUGAAUCAAGAAAACCCGACAAACAUUACAGUAAACACUUUCCUAAUUCAUAAUCAGUUAGUAAAAAAUCAGCCGGUGGAGUCAUGUGGAUCAAUUAGCAGGUUAAAGUACACGGGUAAGGAGAGUAGUUUUUAGCUAAUAAUAACUUUAGCAUGUGAAUGGUUGUUGGCUAACAUUAGAGUUGUCUGAUGGUAUCAAAUAUUAUUUCUGCUUUUUAAAAACUGAAUCUACCUUCCUCUUUGUACCAUGUAAUGCUUUCAAAAGGUAAUAUAAGCUGCGAGUUUGCCUCUUAGCUAAUAGUAUGAUGGCUAGAAAAUUGCUUGAAGCAAACAUUAGCCUAGUUGUUGCUAUCUGCUCAGUGGUUACUAAAUAUGUAGUCCUAACUUGAAAUGUGGCCCCAUGUUGUUACAGAUUUGCACAGUUUAUUGUUUUUUUUUAUUUUUUAUUUUAUUUUAUAAAUGAUAAAGCUUUUUAGAUUAGCCACAUCUAUAUGACUUAUACAACAAAAUCAGUGAAAGAAUUUUACAACAGCUUAUGAGUAUCCCAUCCAGGGAUAUAUGAACACAGCCAAUUGGAUACAGUUUUAAUUCUAUGGAAGACAGGUUGUAUAAAUUCAGGGGCUCACUUUCUUCUUGCUACCCUCCAGGUGAGCAUCUCUACGGUGGGCUAUGGAGAUGUUGUCCCCAUCUCCUAUCUUGGCCGCUGUGUGGCAUUCGGCUGCAUCUCUUUUGGCAUCAUCCUCAACGGCAUGCCCAUCUCCAUCCUGUUUAACAAGUUUUCUGACUACUACGCCAAACUGAAGGAACAGGAGUACAGUGUUUCAAACACAGAGCGUACCUUCCAGCUCAGGAAACGUCUGCAGCGAAAGUUUGAGACCUGUUUCGAACCCCCGCUGGAGGAGUCUGAUGAUGAGACUCACUGGAGGCCCAGCUGGAGAGAAACAAUCCACGAGAACGAGGAUUGA